UCGUGUUAUCUUCUCUUCCUCUCCUUUUCGACUCUUUCCAUGACAUAUUAGAAUAGAUCACAGAGAGAGAGAGAGAGAGAGAGAGAGAGAGAGAGAAGUCAUCAAGUAGUAUGCCAUGGCCGUGGCCACCACACUCAGCUUCUUGAGACUUCCAGCUCUUCCCCCUAACAAGCCUCCCAACCCCAACUUCCCCAAGCUCCCCCUCCCGCCCCCGAAACUCGCCUCCCCCGGCCCCGGCCCCGGCCCUCUUAAUUUAACGUUUGACCAUCUCCAAUCUGCUUCCCUGCCCCUCACCGCUGUCGCAUUGCCAUUCAUCUUGGAUGCCGAGGAUGCAUUGGCGGUGGGAGGCGAGUUGGGGAUACUGGAGGGGAGGACGUUCGCGUUGAUCCACCCGAUCGUGAUGGGGGGCCUGUUCGUGUACACGCUUUGGGCAGGGUACCUGGGCUGGCAAUGGCGCCGCGUCCGGACCAUCCAGACGGAAAUUAAUGAGCUCAAGAAGCAAGUCAAGCCGGUCGCUGUUGCUCCCGAUGGCUCUCCCCCGCCCGAGGCUCCCCCAUCUCCCGCUGAACUCAAAAUUCAACAGCUCACCGAGGAGAGGAAGGAUCUAAUUAAAGGCAACUUCCGGGACAGGCAUUUCAAUGCGGGAUCCAUACUGCUUGGAUUCGGGGUGUUUGAGGCAGUGGGCGGUGGAUUCAAUACGUGGUUCCGGGCGGGGAAGCUAUUCCCUGGACCCCACUUAUUCGCCGGAGCAGCAAUAACAGUGCUGUGGGCGGCUGCUGCGGCACUGGUACCUGCGAUGCAGAAAGGGAGCGAGACUGCCAGGAAUCUACAUAUUGCUCUGAACGCCUUUAACGUAGUGCUUUUCAUAUGGCAGAUCCCCACUGGGAUCGAUAUCGUCUACAAGGUCUUUGAAUUCACCAAGUGGCCUUAAACCUAGCAUUCUUUUCUCCUGCCCUCUAUUAUAUACACUAGCAUAUGUACAUUCAUGUGCAGUAUCUGAAUAUUGUCUUAGCUAAUAUUUGCUUUGCCGAAUGAGCUUAUGAAGAAGAAUUUGUACUCCGCAUUAUCGUCUCAAACUUAUUUGGUUCUCCAUAUUUCCCUUCCCUGAGGAAAUGGGUAAGACACUGACUUCAUGGUUCA